AUGGAAAAGAUGAUCGUAGCGCUCUCGAAAAAUUCCGAACGAGGCAAUCGGAUACUGGAAGCUGAGAAGCGCUCAAGAAGCCUAGUGGGCACAUUCGAUAUAAGUUCCGAAGACUUUUCUAUCGCAUUCCCCUACCACAUCUGUUUUGACAAAGAUCUUCUCAUUGAACACUGCGGACAUUACAUUAAAACCGCAUAUCCACAGGCGAUUCGGCAAGAGACCAGAGUGACUGACAUUCUCGAAUUGGUGCAUCCAGAGGCAAGCCUAAUGUUUAUGAAAAUCAAUCUGUGA